AUGGGAAAAGAUUUCUCUGAUCAUGAAUUUACUGAUAUAUACCCCUCAAAAAGGCUCAAACUUUUCGGUUUCGAGCUAAAUCCACAUGAAAAUGGAUCUGCAGAAAGGGAUGAAAUUGUAAAUUUAUCGUCGUCUUCUUCUACCGUGACGGAUCAAAAACAUGUUUCGGACGAGAAAAGUUUAACAGAUGACAAGAAAUUCGAGUGCCAAUUUUGUUAUAAGGAGUUUGCAAAUUCACAAGCACUGGGAGGCCAUCAAAAUGCCCACAAAAAGGAGAGAAUGAGGAAAAAAAAGCUGCAGCUUCAAGCAAGAAAACCCAGUAUUAGUUAUUUCGCUCAACCUUUUCAAAAUAUUCAUUGUCUCAAUUUCCAGAGCUCGGGUUUUGCGCUCCAUGAGGAGUCUCAAAUCAGCUUCCGCCCCUACGAUUAUGGAGCGGAGACUGAUAUCAACGGCCGCAAGGUUUCCACGUGGGCUGCAGCCGCGGCCCUGCCGGCUCAAGAUACAUGCUGCAGGUUUACUCUUACACACGCGGACAGAUCAAGAACCACCAGACCUGUCAGCAAACCUUCUUCUUUGCCUAGUUCCAAGCAGAAUUUCAAAUCAUUAGAUCUCCAAUUAGGUUUGAGCUUUUCUCCAACGCUCGACUAG